AUGACAGUCCGGCCUCUCAGAUUCCCUUUGCCACAUUAUUUGCCGAUGCGCCUGCUUCUGGUCCUUUGUGCAGUUGCAGUCACGGCAUCAGGGGCCACAGCCCAGUCAAGUGAAGAUGUCAUUUAUUUCAUUGAAGUCGCAGUGACUGUAACAGGACGAGCACAAAAUGAACAAAGCAUACAUGACUUGCUUGAACCUGUGUUCCAAAAGGAUCUACAAACAACAUCAGACCCCUCAGUGGUCGCAACCGAAAUAAAUGUAAAACCAACCAAAAACCCCAACCCCAAUUCUGGGAAAAUUAAACGAGCAGCUCGAGCAACCAGUGAGAAUGCCACAGGGCUUUUCAGUCACUUUGAAGUUAAUUGUGUAAACAAAACGUCUAUAAAAGACACUGUUUGUUAUGUGAGUCUGGAGCUGAAGGAGAGCGUAUCCCCUUGUUGCAUCUUGCAGGCUAUCUGUUCCAGCACAACCACUAUCAUCCAAGUGGUGGGGAAAAACGCAAUGAGAACCGGUUCUCCUCAAUGUGGUAACCAGGAUGCUGGAGUGGUCUGCAAUUAUACUGGACCAACAAGUCCAAAAUGUGAUGAUUCACCGACAGCAUAUGAGAUUCAACCAAGGAAUUUGACGUGUCCUGCAGAAAACAAAUGCAAUUGCUCGACUUACUGCAGCAAAGCAGAUGCAUAUUACACCUUCAAUAUAACAACAGAAACUCCCCUCAUUAUUGAAUCCAGUCUUCCCGCUCUACUUUCAACAGAAUGCCCUUCCUGUCCGCCUGGGAUUACUUCUAAUUAUAAGGAUGCUAGUGUCGCCUGUGACAGAGCCACUUGCACCGUUGUUGCAGUUUUCACCAAGGAGGUUUCCAUCUGCUCCUUAUCAACAUUGAUUCAAACUCUGCUUGAAUCGCGAAACAUGAGCAUGAAUGGAUUGUUGACUCGUGUUGCAAUUUGUGGAAAACCUGUGACAGAGGAAAGUGCUGCUCUACUCCUGCAGUCCUCAUAUAAACUUGUGGAUGUAAAUUUCACAGCAGAAGAGUUCUGCACGGCCACUGAGGGGUCACAAAUUCACACUUGUCAACCAGAAGAGAGAGUGAUUGCGAUACUGAAUGAAAAGUGUUUUCUGACCACGACAACAGUGACUCCAAAUACAACAUUUGCACUGCCCAACACCACUGUAUCCGUAAAUGAAACAAUGAACACAACAGCUACAGCUGCAACUAAUGCCACCUCAACAGCUAACCCUCCCACAGACGAUAACUUGGCAGCAGCAAAUGCACUGCUGGACAUGACCAAAGACGCCUCUAAGCUGAAUUCCAGUCAGAUCGAUAAACUGGUGUCAGACCUGGAAAGACUUCUGUCAGGCCCCAACAUCAGUGUGGCACUAGGAGACACUAGUGUAAACAUUGUGAGCAAUCUUCAAAAUGCAUCUCUGGAAGCAGUGGAACCCUCCAAAAACAGGAUCAUCGGAAUAGUGGACACUGUUGGUGAGAAGUUGAUAGUUGGUGAGAAACCAGAGUCCAUCUUGAGCGAUGCUGUAGCUCUUUCUGUGAAAAAGGCAGAUGGGACAAAGUUUGAGGAAGUCAAUUUCUCCAUCACGAAUCCAAGCAAUAUACAGAUCCGGGGCCCCAGAGCCACACGCGCGCUGAAAGAGGACUCCACUGUUCCGCAAGGAUCCGUCCGCCUCCCACGCACUCUCACUGAAAACCUCCCCACCGAAACACGACAGAUGGUCUCCAGGGUCCAGUUCAACUUUUACCAAAAGAGCACGCUUUUUCAGGAUCGGGAUUUGAGGGAUAGAAUUCUCAACAGUGGAAUAAUUGGAUCAAGUGUUGGCAAUCUAUCACUUUCUAACCUGCCAGAUUCUGUUGUAAUUACCCUCCGACACACGCAACCUACUCCUGUAAAUUACACGGCCACAUGCGUGUUUUGGGAUUUUACAUCUAAUGAUGGAUCAGGCGGUUGGAAUUCAAGAGGAUGCUCGGUGCAAAGCAGCACAGACACUGAAACCAUUUGUGGCUGCAACCAUUUAACAAGUUUUGGAAUACUUCUCGAUCCCUCCAGGGACACCAUAACAAGCCGAGUCCAUGCCACUAUCCUGACUUUUAUAACAUACAUCGGCUGUGGCGUCUCAGCAAUAUUCUUAGCUGUCACCCUCCUCACAUACUUAGCUUUUGGAAAACUGCGCAAAGACAUCCCCUCUAAAAUCCUCAUUCAGCUGUGCUUGGCCUUACUUCUUCUAAACCUGGUGUUCCUCGUGGACGCUUGGCUGGCUCUUUUCCCCGACGCUGUGGGCCUCUGCAUCUCCACGGCUUGGUUCCUACACUAUUUCUUGCUGGUUACGUUUACGUGGAUGGGGCUGGAGGCCGUCCAUAUGUACAUCGCUCUUGUUAAAGUAUUCAACAGCUACAUAUCCCGUUAUAUGGUCAAGUUUUCUCUGGCCGGAUGGGGAAUACCCAUGAUUGUGGUCAUCAUAGUCAUUGCCAUCGACAAAGACAACUAUGGGCUUGUGUCCUAUGGGAAGUUUUCUGAUGGCACAUCCGAUGAUUUUUGCUGGAUAAAAAAUGACGUGGCCUUCUACGUGGCUGUGGUGGCCUAUUUCUGCGUCAUAUUUCUCUUCAACGUCAUCAUGUUCAUCGUUGUCCUGGUUCAGCUGUGUCGACUGAAGCGGCAGAACCCACAGAACUUGCAGCAUCGGACCACCUUUCAGGACGUCCGGAGCGUGGUGGGGAUAACUAUACUCCUUGGCCUCUCCUGGGGAUUUGCAUUUUUUGCAUGGGGACCUCUCAACCUUCCGUUUAUGUAUCUUUUUGCCAUUUUUAACUCUUUACAUGGUUUCUUUAUAUUUGUGUUUCACUGCGCUAUAAAAGAAAAUGUGCGAAGACAGUGGAGGACAUACCUCUGCUGUGGAAGAAUGAGACUGGCAGAAAAUUCAGAGUGGAGCCGUACCGCAACACAGAAAACAGCAAAGAAGUCGUCCAUGAUAACGUCUCUUCAAUCCUCAAAAUCCAACAACUCAUCCAGUUCUUCUUCAUACCUCGUCAGUGAUAGCUCCGACCAGAUGAACAGUUAUGGGGGUCCAUUUCCAGAUCGAAUAAGUACGGCAGAUGAAGACCCUAGGAUGGAUGUGGUACUUAACGAGAUCAACAGUCAAUACAGACGCCUAUAA